AUGAAAAUCGAUCCUAAAACAUUACGACCGUGUAGUGCAGAAAUUUUUCCUCGAUGUAUGCAACUUAUUGAACAUAUCAAAUCAGCUUCGGAUCGGAGAACAUUUGUGGAACGACUAACUGAAGUUCAUGAAUGGCAGCCACAAUUUGGGAAGUCUGAAAUGGCGAGGUGGUCAGACGUUUUGAACAUGUGCGAUGAUGUAUUGAAAGAUGCCGUAACGUGUAGUUCAUCACCGGGUGCAGCGAUGGCUAUCGACGAAGAUCAGACUUUAUUAACAGACGUUACAUCUGUUCUAUCUUUUACCGCUAUGCUUUUCGAGAAUACUUUCACCCGUUCAGUCUACAGUUCUACUGACCGGUUGUUAAACUUGCUGGAUUCUGGUAAUGUAGAGAUUGUUGUGGAGACAUUGAGAUUAUUAUUGGUUAUCAGUAAGCGUUCAAGAUUUCUCUCACAACAUCUCAGUGAUGUCCAGCAGAAAAAACUCACUGUCCGACUUUCUGCUAUUGCUCAAUGCUGGAAUGGUAAACUCAGAAGUAUGAAGAUGGAUGAAUGUUGUACUACGAAUGUUCGACCUUCCGCUUUGCUUCCAAUCGGAUUUCAGACGGAUACGAAUAAUCUUGUUCGUUCUGUACAUUUAGAUAAAAGUUUUGCGGCUGAACUGGAGCAUUUGUUAUCUGGUAAAAAUAUUGAGGAAGAUGAACGUGCAUCUUUCAUAGCUCGCUUACGUCUGGUACGAUCUUUCAACACUUCUCGUGGUCGACGUCUUAGUAUUAUUGCGCGUCUUCUUUCACUAUCUAUACUAGUUUAUACUCGUAGUUUAAUAGAAGAAUGGGCAAUGACUACAAUGCUUUAUGAUGGCCUUAUUGAAGAAAUAACUCGUUUAUUACUGAUUAAUAAUACGUCGGAAUCAAUUAUUGAUGCUGUUAAAACUGAAGCACUUCGUACACUAACCAGUAUUGUUUCACUUGGAAGACCUGCAAAAUUGAAUAUAGUAAUAGAAUCCCUCGGAGUAAAUUCAUAUCACGGUUUUUUGGCUCGAAUGACUCGUCAGUGUGUCGACGACUUACGGUGUGGGAGAAUUGGAAGUGGGUAUACAACCGUACCAUUCUGCACUGCCCUAUUUUCUUUGCUUUAUCAUCUUGCUGGCUUUGAAAACGGUGGUGAAGCAUUGGUUUCGUGCGCUUUAACGGAGACAUUACUGGGUGUGGUAUCCUGUGAAACACUGCCUUUAGAACUAAUUACUUUUGUGACACGUGCUGUUCGCGUUAUCGAUAUUAUGACUUCGUUAGAUGCUAAUGGUUUUAUAUCUUGUAAUGGGAUGAGCACUAUUGUUCAUCGCUUAAUUUUUGAUGUCAAUAUAUGCAUGAAACAUCUGGCAGAACUGAGUAUUACUGGACCUACAACAGAACAGUGUCAUCAGCAGCGUGCAGCACUAAUUAAAUCAUUGCUGAAUUUCAUCAAAAGAGCUGUUCAAGAUACACAGUUUGCUGAUAGUACUCGACAUAUCAUGGAUAGUGGUUUACCGAUUGCUUUAGUGCAUAUCUUAUCGAACUGCGGAUUUUUUGGAGCUUCACUGUUUCAUAAUGCUGUUUGCUUGAUUACAAAUUUCAUCUAUCAAGAACCUUCUUUACUUACGUCCUUGCAAGACAAAGGUGUUACGAAUGCUAUUCUAAAGACAAUAUUCCGUGAAGAGUUGCCCACUUCUCGAGAUGUCAUUGCUGCGUUGCCGAACACUUUUACCGCGCUUUGUUUGAACGAUCGUGGACUGAAAGCUUUUAUGAGUGAAAAUCCUUUCGAUCAUUUCUGUGACAUUUUCGUGUCGACAAAAUACAUAUACGCUAUGAAAUGUCGUCGCAACGAAAUGAACGAGGUGGCCUUGAAUCUCGGCACAUCGUUCGAUGCCUUUUUGCGUCAUCACCCGACCUUGCGAGAAAGUUUCCUCAAUUCGUUUGCAAAGAUGUUGAGUAAAUUAUUGGAUGUCGCAUCUACGGAUUCGCCACGUUGUGUCAUGUCUUUUGCAUCAUGUCGCAGUACUCAAGCAACAGUAGCCGUUUCAUCAACCUCCCCCAGCCAAGAAGAGGAGAAUAUCAUGGGGGGCAAUGUUUCUUCGGAUGAUGACGAUGAAGAUCCAACUUCAGCUGUUGCAAAUAUGGACGAAUUGCAUACAACUGAAAAUGAAUGUAAUCAGCUGGAUCUCGGCCUGUCUUUGUCGAUUGUGUGUGACGGAAUUCCUCUUAUUCCUCUUGGCGAGUAUCUAUUGAAUAUCGGAAAAUUUCUGGAAACACUGUUGACUCAUAAUGCAUCACCUGAACAGGCUGAUGUUUUCGUGCAGUCUGGUACUGCUGAUAAAUUGCUUUCUUUACUAUUUGUUCGACAGAUUCCGUUAGAACUGUCGCAGUCACUAUUUCCGCAGUUAGUUACGAAUAUAAUACGGUUUCUUUUUCAACAUACAAGAAGUAGUGAUGUAAUGGAUAUGGUUGCGAAUCGACUGAAUAAAUUUUGUCUGGAUAUGUUAAGUUCGUGUAACACGAGUGAAGAUUCGUCAAAGCUAUCGUUGCUUGCGAUGAGUUCGUCAGAGGCUUCAUUGGCAAACAUUUGUGCGAUUUCAGUUUUCUGUUCUGUUCUCAGCAGCUUAUCAAAAGCUGCUUUAGGAAGUAACACAGCCACUAAAACAGCAGUUCUCAGAUUUUGGACAAACGAAGGUUGUAGACUUCUCGCUUCCUGUAACCAUGCUCAGAGAAUAGUUGUUUGGGAAAGUGCGGUUUUGCAAAUAUUUAAUGCAACAAACAAAUGCAUAGCUUCCACGCAAACGGAUGAUGUUCAAACAAGUGAACCAACAGAAGAAGCUAAUAUAACUUUGCAAGAAGAUUCAGUUGGAGCAGAUAGUGUGCCACAGCGCAUUGGUCGACCGAAAUAUCUGCUUGAUGAUUACUGGCUUCGUUCAAAAUCGGGAACCAGUGCUCUGAAUCGCUGUAAUCGGCACUGUACGGAAUUGUUGUCAAUGCUUGUCAAAAUUUCUAUUGGUGGGAUGACCAGAACGAGAAGAAUUCAGGAAAAUGAGGGUGGUACACCAUGUGAAAAUGCUGUGCAGCUAGCUCUGCAAAUAAUGAAAGGUUUCCAGCAAGCUCUGGAAUGGAAACCUCACGAUGAAACUGAUCCAGCUAUAAUGUUACCCUACUUGGCAAUUUGGAUCAACAAUCUCAGCAACAUUCUAUUUGAUGAACGGAAGAUUCCUUAUCAUUUGAUGCUUUCCGCCUUUUAUCGUACCGGCACUCAUGAUACAUUUUUUAACAUUAUCUCAAAUUACUUCGCACCUGAUCGAGAUCAGAAUUAUUGUGAAGUGGGGCAGUUGUUACAAGCCUGGUUAUCUUUAACGGAGCGAUUGGUCAGUGCACACCUAUUCCGUCACUCACGCUAUAAAAUGUCGGAAAGACUUGCGGAAGCCAAACGUUUCCCAACCGAGAAAUAUCUUGCAAAAUGCCAACAGGAUGCUUUUCGGCAAUCCAAUGUUGUUUUCGGGGUGUUGUCUGCAUUACCCUUAAGCGAAGCCGUUAGUUUUAAUAUCUGUGAUAUGAUUAUUUCGAUAUAUCGAGAAAUAGUCAAAGGAAUUGUGCCUUUGACCGAAAAACAAAAACAAGCUGUGGUAACAACGUCUGAAGAUCGCAAGAAGAUGGAAGCGGAACUUGAUGGAGCGAGUAUUGGUCUCUUAGUUGACAUGGGAUUCGAUCGUGAUGCUGCUGUUGAUGCACUGUUGGAAUAUUCAACCGUUCCUGAGGCUGCCGAAUAUCUGAUCGCAACUGACAGCUUAGGCAGACUUCGUCAGUCGUCAACUGAUGAAAGGAUAGAUACUGAUGAAACCGAUGCAGAAGACGGAAGUGGACAAAAUGGUGAUUUGAAUGUGGAAUUCGAAGAUGUUCUUUUGAAGGAACCGAUUUCCUUGAACGAAGUACCUUCUCUCGACACCCGCCUAAUAUUAUCCAGCCUAUGUAAAGAUGUCAUUCCAAUUCUUUUGAAUUUGAUGGAACAUGGAGCAGAACUAGUGUUCAGUACCUCGGAAGUUAUGUUGGUAAUCUUGAAUGAAGUAGACGAUGAUUGGAGAAAAAAUAUGCUUAUUGGUGAAUAUUUGGUACAGGAUAUUCUUCUGAUGGUGGACGAACUGCGCUGUGACGAGACUGACGAGAAAGCAGUUAUCUCGCUUUCAACUCGUUUGCAUUUCGUGUGUUUGCUGUGGCCUGGGAUUGCUACUACUUAUAUGGAUGUCUGCACAGAAUAUCGCCUUCAUAGUGUUUUAAUUUCUGUGCUUGACAUGGUUGUCAUACACUGUUCAAAGAGACCUGCAUUUAUUAGGCUUAUCGCACCAAUAUGUUUAUGGCUCGAUCUCUAUGAUAAAAUGUUGAAGCUAUUGGAUAGCAAGGAUAAAGUUGAAAAGGCUGUUGAGUCGUAUGCGUGGAAGUAUUGGGAUACUGAUGAAAGAGGUGGUGUAUAUACCUGGAUUAAUUAUCCUCCCGCGGCCUCGCAUACACUCACAAAUGCAUUUCUUGCUGGUCGCAGGAAUUGUAAUAUAAGCGUAGGAGGCCGCCAAUACACUGUUGAUUUUCCGUCAAUGAGCCACCGUAACGCUGAAUCUCACAUCGAACGACCGAUUACAAUUUCUGGUCGCUUGAAGGAUGGUGCUAUAUUAUCCGAAAUACUUACUGAGGGUAACGAGCAUAAAGAAUGGGAUGAGGUGGUACAUGACAGGCUCGUACCAGCUAUCAUUGGCCUUCUUGGCUUAGCAAAUAUAGAUGCAGCUUCGAUCCAUGCGAUUUUUAUUUUGGCUGCACGUAUUACAAGAGAUUUUAAAAUUGCGAGGGAGUUUUUACAGCAAGGGGGCGUACAAACAAUGAUAAAUGUGUCGGGUGCCGCAGUGCCAUCGUCAGCUGUUCUUGGGGCCCUUAUUAUUCGUCACUGUCUUGACGAUGAAAUUUCGGUAAGACAGAUUUUCGAGAAAACAGUGCGUACAAUUGCUGCAGGUGGCUAUACCAUCAGUCCACCUUUAACAAGAUGGAAUCAUAUUAGGACACCACGAACAACUCGUGACUGGCUACAUGCUAUACGCGCUCUUUCUCCGCUGUGUGCACGCCAUCCGCAGAUUUUUGCUGCUACUAUGGAACGUGUUACGCGAAAACAGAACGGUCAAAUAACUGUUUUACCGAUGACUCCCGUUGAUCCAUCUUGUAAGCAGUGGACUGCAUGCUCACCUAUUAAACAGGUGUUGACGCAUUUGUUGAAUCACACGUUGGACUUUUCAUGGGAGGAUUCGAAUAGAGUGGUAAAUCGUGCAUCACUUGUACGAUUGAUUGCUGAGUUGGCGAAGAGCUACAGUAUUGUAGCAACAUUAGUUGCUGAAUCACAUGACCUUAAUGGACAACCUUUUAUGGUAUCGAUCCUAGAUAAAUGUAUUAUCCCAAGUGGUUCUCCGACCGCUGAUGGUAGUCUUUAUAUGGCUGUGAAGACCUUUGUAGCUGCAAUCGCUUCGUGCAAUCAUUCGCCAAAAGCUCAGGAAACUUUGAUCUCAAGCAUUAUUUCUUCUCUUCAUAUUGUUUUCUGUGAAGCUAAUUCAAAAGCAGCAUGCACUAAGUUAAGGUUAUUAGCGGAUCUAUUUUUGUUGGCACGUGAUGCAUGUCCAGCAGGACCGCAAGAUAUGCGCAAUAACACAAAUUCAAAUGCAGUUUUGCGUCUAAUUAUAAAGAAACGUGUUUGUAUUGAACUGAGUAGAGUGCCAUGGUAUUUGAAUUUAUCAGCGAAGGAAGGUAUCGAGACUUUAAACUACGUCCUGCGAGUUUUGGAAGAGUUGACGCGUACAAUCAACAGCAACCAUUCUGCACAAAAUGCAGUAAGAGAAAAUAUGUCCGAAUCACUAUCAGUGACUCAGAAUGCGUCAGCAUCCGUAACGCUAGUUGCAACAUCGGAAAACGAUGCAUCAGUCACAGUAACAGCGCGCGAGGGUGAACAUUCCCAAGAUAAUCAACAUGUCGAGGACAGCAGUAGCACUGCUGAUGAACAUCGUUUUGAGACCCAUGAGUUCCAGGUAACGGUUGAACGAAAUAGACCUGAUGAUGAUGAUUAUUGUGCGGACGAUGAUGAGGAUCGUGGUCGUACUAGACAUCCGGAUGCUGUUGAAGAUUCAAGUGAAAGUGAGGAAGACGAAGAUGAUGUAGAUGACGAUGAUGAUGAUGAAGGUGCUGGUCUUAAUGAAAUGGACGUGGAUGAUGAAUCGGAUGAUGAACAUGACGAUGUAAUGGAAGAAGAAGGACGCGUGAGUGUCGAAGAAGAAGACGAUUUUGGGAUGGUAGAAAUAGAACCGGGAGCAUUAAGUCGUUUUACCUUAGUCGAUAGUGUAGAUGAUUCUGGACCCGCAGACCGAUUUGAAGAUGGCGAUUCUGAGGAAAAUUUUGUCAAUACAAAUAUAUUUGUUGAAAAUUUGGAUGAUAUUGAUGCUCUUACAAAUGGUGCCUUCACGGGUGCUCGCCUUUUUGUAAAUACUAGUAUGGAAGCUGCACAUGCUGAUCGAUCGUUGGCUACAGUUAGUUCUGUGCAUCCGUUAUUACAAAGAUCAUCACAGACCACUGGUAGUGAUAGCGUUAUAGGUCAAAGACCUACGAGUUAUCGCCUUCUGGUUGGUCAACGUCGUGGAACUGGAAGUAUGGCUUCAACAGGGUUGCAUCGACAGAAUGCGGUACGGCGUUGGACAACAUUCGGCACACAGAGUGAAUUCAUUGAACGACUGCUUGAUGGUUCUACAACAGCUAAUGGCAGUCAUCUUUUUGACGUCGCUCCAUCGCGUCAGCGCUUCUUGAAUGUUGUUAUGCAAGACCACGGAUUGGAUAGUACAACUACAGUUACCGGUGAAGAGCGACGGCAAACAUCUGUUCCACUUCCGCUGGAACGAUUUUCAGAUGCUGCAAGGAUAAUUGAUGGUCAUGCUCAUUUGUACUUGUGGGUUAUGGUCGCGUCUUAUAUUACCAGUGUUAUGGAUGCUAUUGAAAAGGACGAAAAUGAGAAGAAAACAGAAGAAGAAAUAAUGAAAACUCAGAAGGAUUUUACGGAGGAAUCUUCGAAGAGAACUCUAGAUGAUGUGACAUCAAAUGAAAGUAGCAGUACUACACGGCUGUUUAUUGAUGAGGAAGAGCAUGGAGAUGUUGGAAACGUUGAUGAUAAUGUUGCUGAUGCACAACUAGAAUAUUCAUCAGAAUCUGUCGAUAUAACAGUCCAAGCGCCCAGUGUUUCAGAACCCAUGGACCAGUCAGGUACUUUAUAUUAUGAUACUUCCGAAAGUCUUGAAAAUCAAAUUCAUCGAACUUGUGAACAGGAGCAGGAAAAUAUUACUUCGAAUGUAAACAGUGAAAUUUCAACAGAUGCAUCAGUACAUACAGUACUAGUUACUGCAAAUGAAGCUGAAGAACAAGGAAAUGUAGAACAACUAAGUGCACCCGAAGUUACACCAGAAGCUUCACUUGCUAAUCAAGAUGAUUUCAGAGAAAUAUUAGGAGAUAUUGAAAUUCCUGAAGGCGUAGAUCCUGCGUUUUUGGCAGCCUUACCAGAAGACAUACGUACGGAAGUGAUUCGAGAUCAUAUCAGACAACAGCGUUCACAGCGUUUGAUACAAACUUCUGCAAACUUAGAAGCAGCUAGUCAGGCAAAUGGUGAAGUACCUGUAGUUGAACCACUUGAUCAGGAAUUUCUAAAUGCACUCCCACCGGAUCUUCAGGAAGAGAUUUUGGCACAGCAUGAGAGGACUGUGAGAUUAGCUCAGGAAAGAGUGGAAAGUAAUAGUGUACCGACGGCUGACGCUCCGGUUGCUACAGAUGAUGCAGCUGCAUUAAUUGAAUCGCUUCCACCAACUCUGCGAGCACAAGUACUUGCUGAUGCAGAUGAUACGGUCUUGCAAGUUUUGCCCCAGAAUGUUGCGGCUGAAGCGCGACGUUUGCGAGCAUCUUAUGAAGCACAGCAAGUUAUGCGUUUUGCCCGUAUGUUAACGCCAACUCAACGCUUUCGCCCUGCAAAUGGUCGGUCAGUCCCUGGAACAAGUACUAGCAGUACUCCUGUAGGCGCACUUGCUGGAGUUACUACACUUGCUUCGAAGAAUGCUACACAAUUAUUGGAUCGUGAUGCCAUUGUCACAUUAUUACUUCUUUUUUUCAUCGAUCCAGCCCGUCUUAAUACUCAACGUUUGCAGAAGCUCAUUAAAAGCCUUUGCGCACAAAAUGUAACAUGUGAUUUUGUGAUCUGGUGCUUAAUUGCUCUGCUUGACAAAGUAGACGAAGAAGCUGUUCAGUAUGAGGAUUUUGGUGGUACAGUGUCCGGUUGGUUAGAUCAAAUAUGCGUAUACAGCGGUAUUGGACAACAUGAACAAGCAAUCAAAUUCUUCAAGAGUACUCAUAUAGUGGCGUUACAUCCGGCAGUCUUAGCAACGGUCUGUCGUCUUGUACUAGAUACACUAAUCAGUCUUGCAAAAACUUAUCCGGGUCAUUUUCUUCCUGCGAACCUACGUGAUCCAGGUUAUCUCUCCAAUGCUGGGUUGUUUACGCCACCAUUCUCACAGUUUUGGGCUAUUGUUCAUAGCUUGUCGAAAGCUGAUGUGUUAUCCCGUGCUACACAUCGACAUGGCCUAUCAUUAGAGACAGCUUUGGGACCAGGUGGCCUUAAUGCAAGUAUGGCUGCUUUCUCACUUGAAGAUAGUGCUAUCGGUGUACUUAUGGAGCAUAUUAAGCGUCCAGUUAUUCUCUCAUCGUCAAUAUUGCAGGAUAAAUUGCUUCGCCUUGUAUGCACGAUUGUCCAAACUUUGCCAGAGGAAACCAUCACGAAAUUGGCGAUUGAUUCGACUGCAGAAAAACCUCCACUUAGCCAGCAACUCGAACAUAUUGUUUUAGUCUUGACAGAAGGUGAUUGUUCAGAAGAAGGAUUAGCAGAUGGACGUACCUUGCUAUUGGAAUUGAUUCGUGCUCUCACUCCAUCUACGAAAACCUUUAUAAUGUCUCUCCUUAUAAAUGCUGCUGAACGCCUAGGAGCCCGACUUUUGCCACAUGUAGAGAAACUUGAAGAAGAGCUGAAAGAGCUACCUAACGACGGAAACCCUUCAUCAUCGGUUGAUCAACAACCAUCGGGCUCGAAAGUUGCAGUUAAUCGUUAUGACGAAUCGGUGAUUGUGAUCAGUGGAAUUUUGAAUUCGCGAGCGGUCAUGAAUGCAUCUGGCUGUUACGAACUGCAAUUACCAGCAAUGAAAGCACUUACUGACAAAAGUGGAAUCCAGAAUAUAUUUCUAAGAACACUACAGACAAUUAUCAAAAUAAGAGAAGUACUGCAAUCACAUGCAAGGUGUAUUGAAAUUGAUGUGAGUACUGACACUGCAGGUGAGCAGGACGACGAACGUGGAACGGGAGAAAACACCGCAAAUGCAACCGAAGAAUACGAAAGGAAAAGAUUUGCCGAGAAAGAAGAAAGCAUGAGUGUAUUAUUAAAUACGUUAGAACCGUUAUGGGAACUUGUAUCAAGAUGUCUGAAACGUCUUACAAAUGCAGAUGCACAUGCAGCUUUAGCUCUUCAGCCAAGUGCGGAAGCUUUUUUUCUGGUAUACGGAUCAGAAUUGUCUUCUGCUGACCCAAGCAAACUUCAUGACCAUCCGGAUGCUCAAAAACUUCUUCAUUUUGCAGAGAAGCACCGGAAUAUGUUGAAUCAGGUUCUUAGGCAAAAUGGUGGUGGGUUAACGGAUGGUCCAUUCGCAGUGCUAACUCAGAUGCCGAAAUUAUUGGAUUUUGAUGUUAAGCGUAUCUACUUUCGGAAACAGAUGCAAAAAAUCGAUGAACGUGUUAGAGGUGAAGACGUAGCGGUGAGGAUUCGUCGCAGUCACUUAUUCAGUGAUAGUUUCCGUGAGUUAUUCAGACUGCGUGGUCCGGAGUGGAAGGCGAGAUUUUAUAUCAUAUUCGAGGGUGAAGAAGGACAAGAUGCUGGUGGAUUGCUACGUGAAUGGUUUUCAAUUAUCACAAGAGAGAUUUUUAAUCCCAAUUAUGCACUCUUUAUAACUUCUCCAGGGGAUCGUGUAACAUACAUGAUAAAUAAAUCUUCGUAUAUUAAUCCGGAACAUUUGGAAUAUUUCAAGUUUGUUGGAAGAAUAAUAGCAAAGGCAAUUUAUGAGAAUAAAUUACUGGAAUGCUAUUUUACCCGAGCGUUUUAUAAGCACAUUUUAAGUGUUCCUGUUCGAGCACAGGAUUUAGAAUCUGAGGAUCCUAGUUUCUACAAGUCAUUGGAAUUCUUGCUCAAUAAUCCGAUCGAAGAUCUUGGUACUGAACUUACGUUUAGUUUAGAAGUUGAAGAAUUUGGAGUUAGAAAAAUGCGUAUGCUGAAAGAAAAUGGGUCAUCAGUUCCAGUUACUGAUGGAAAUAAAGAAGAAUAUGUAAAGCUCGUUUGUCAGAUGAAAAUGACUGGUUCCAUUAAUCAGCAGUUGAAUGCAUUUUUGGAAGGCUUUUACGAAAUAAUUCCGAAGCAUCUAAUAUCAAUUUUUAAUGAGCAAGAAUUAGAAUUGUUGAUAAGUGGACUUCCAAAUGUUGAUAUCGAUGAUCUCUAUGCAAAUACAGAAUACAAGACGUACACGAAAUCCUCGUCUCAGAUACAAUGGUUCUGGAAAGCAUUACGUUCGUUUGAACAGGAAGAUCGUGCAAAGUUUCUACAGUUCGUUACUGGUACAAGCAAAGUUCCCUUACAAGGUUUUGCUGCACUUGAGGGCAUGAAUGGUACACAGAAAUUUUCCAUUCAUUUGGAUUCACGAUCUUCAGAUCGAUUACCAACAGCACAUACAUGUUUCAAUCAGUUGGAUCUUCCUCAGUAUGAAACAUAUGACAAGCUUCGGGAUAUGUUAUUACUAGCAGUACGUGAAUGUACCGAAGGAUUUGGUUUUGCUUAA